AUGUCUCUGUCUGUCAGUCUGGGUCUCUGCCUGUCAGUCUGUGGGUCUCUGCCUGUCAGUCUGUGGGUCUCUGCCUGUCAGUCUGUGGGUCUCUGCCUGUCAGUCUGUAAGUCUCUGCCAGUCUGCAUGUCUCUGUCUGUCAGUCUGGGUCUCUGCCUGUCAGUCUUCUGUGGGUCUCUGCCUGUCAGUCUGUGGGUCUCUGCCUGUCAGUCUGUGGGUCUCUGCCUGUCAGUCUGUAAGUCUCUGCCAGUCUGCAUGUCUCUGUCUGUCAGUCUGUGGGUCUCUGCCUGUCAGUCUGUGGGUCUCUGCCUGUCAGUCUGUGUAAGCACAGCUCUGGGAGACACGCACAUAGUGAAGAAGACUACUGCCACUGCCCCUAUGGUAACAAAGCUCCAACUGAUCACUAAUGCUACUAUGUACAAAGUUCUUCAUGCUACUCUUAACAUAGCCCAGAGUGUACUCAGCGCCAGGGUCCACUGUGUCGUCCUGAAGGGCACAUUGAGCAAGGCGGUCUGUCUCUUCAUUAAGUGGGAUACCCACAUGAGAGGGUAUCCAGGUGAAGUGAACCGUGGCACCAGCACCUUCUAG